AUGACCCGGAAAAUGUGGGGCUUAAUUCCUGUGCUGAACUGCUCCCAGCUGCUGAGCUUCUGCCCUUCGCAGUGCAAACCCUCCGCCUCCUCCAUCAGGACCCCAGACCCCCCUCUGCACACCAUGUCAGACGAAGCUUUUGUGACACUGGCCACAAAUGACAACUAUGCCAAAGGAGCGAUGGUUCUUGGCCAGUCGUUACGAAACCACAACACCACCAGGAAACUGGUCGCCCUCGUAGGACCACAUGUUACAGAACGCUGCAGAGAUGUACUGCACUCUAUUUUUGAUGAGGUGUGUGUUGUUGAUGUCAUGGACUCCGGUGAUUCGGCUCAUCUGGCCCUGAUGAAACGUCCAGACCUGGGGGUGACGUUCACCAAGCUGCACUGCUGGACUCUCACACAGUACAGCAAGUGUGUGUUCAUGGAUGCAGACACACUGGUGCUGUCAAACGUAGAUGAACUCUUUGAGAGGGAGGAGCUAUCUGCGGCGCCAGAUCCUGGUUGGCCGGACUGUUUCAAUUCUGGGGUGUUUGUCUUCAGGCCGUCCAACGAAACACACGAGAAAUUACUUACAUUCUGUGAGGAAAACGGCAGCUUCGACGGUGGAGACCAGGGGGUUCUCAAUAGUUUCUUUAACACCUGGGCGACAGCAGACAUUUCCAAACACCUUCCCUUUAUCUACAACCUCAGCAGUAUCGCCAUCUACUCAUACCUGCCAGCAUUUAAACAGUACGGCCGUGAUGCCAAGGUAGUGCACUUUCUGGGCAAAGUGAAGCCCUGGAGCUACUCCUACAACGCUCAGAGAGGUGAGGUCAAAGGCCACUCUCUAUCCCAAGAUCAGCUGCACCCGGACUACCUGCUCAUGUGGUGGCAGAUCUACGCCAAAUCUGUGCUACCUUUACUGCAGAAAGCGUACGGUGAUGCUCCCUUCGACAGCGGCUUUGCUGAGAGUACGUUUCAUGAAGACAAGAGGGAUCAGCCGGCGCCCUGUGCUCCUCCACCUCAAAAGAUUUCAUCAGCGGAGAGGAAACAGCGCUGGGAGGCUGGCCAAAUUGACUACAUGGGUGAUGAUUCAUUUGCUAACAUUGAGCGCAAACUGGACUCCUUCUUAAAGUAGCAGCGGGCCACAACGACACAAGAGAGCGCCACUCGAAGCUCCGUGUCUGUGGGGAGUAAUCCAACACUCAGCCAAUCACAGGCUUUGACUAGCAGGUGUGUAAAUGAAGGCCACUGCGAGUUUGAGCUUCACUCUCUUCAUCCUGUCACUGUGUAUCAAUGACAGACUAUACAUGCGACACAAUUCCCGUCUGCUCUCACCACAAAAUAUUUGUCCCUUAAAAGAAGUUUAAAACAAGGUUGAUACUUAAGGAAAAAGUAAUUUUUUUUUUUUUUUCAUUUUCUUGCUGAGGUGAGGUUGGGAAGAUUUUUACUGCUGAUUUGUCUGCUGCAACAGCCACCAUAGCUACAUUUAUUCUGCCAGUUGUAGUGUGAUGCUUGACCCUUGACCCAUGACCAGUAUCAGGUUCCCAUGUGAACUGGUCACGGUCUUGAAUCAACCUGUGCAAAAAAAAAAAAAAAAAACAAUAGCAAAGACAUCACAUGCAGCAACGUCACUGUACUACUAAAAUAAACACGACGUCACGGUUUAGCUUCAUUUAUAAUUCAAGCUGCAGCAAAAACCUGCGUAUUUGUGUUCAGAUGACUGCAAAGAUGUGCAUGAGGAAGAAAACCACAGCCAAUUUUUUUUUUCCUCAGUGACACUCUGCUAGUCUAGCAUUGUGAUGAAUGUCAAUCUGAAGUGGCAUAAAAGUCACAUGAUUUCUGACAUGACUGUUUUGGAUGAGAGUUGCAGUGU